GAUGCAGUUGCACCUCCCGGCCUGAGCGCGGCAGCAGAGCGCGCAGCUCCCAGCAGAUGAAUUACGUCAGAGGAGUGUGUGGUACUCGACUGUUGUCGGUAACGUGGAAGUGGGAGUCUUACAGAGAGUUUGUACGAAUUCUGCUUACGGUAAUGUCAAUCAUGAAUGGGAUGUAAUCAGACAUAACUUAUCUGUUUUGCAAGAGUGUAUGGCAUUGCAAAGGCCAAGCAGCUGCUGUGAAGACAUGCCUGCAAAAAAGAAAAACACCGUUCCUGACAGAUGGACAGACUAUACAACGGUGGGUAAACGAAUCCCUGGAACUCGCUUCAUCGCUUUUAAAGUUCCCUUAAAACAGUCUUUCAGAUAUCAUUUAGCGCAAUCAGAAGCCUUUGGACCGUUUGAUCUUGUGCAUUUGUUGGAGAAGGAAGGACAAGAACUGGGUCUCAUCAUUGAUCUGACCUUCACAACUCGCUACUACAAAGUAGAGGAUUUGCCAAACACAUUGUACCACCUGAAGAUCUUCACAGCAGGGCAUGAAGUGCCAAACGAUGCCACGAUUCUCAAAUUCAAGAAGGCCGUCAGACAUUUUCUGCGUGAUAAUGAAAACAACGAUAAGCUGAUUGGUGUUCAUUGCACGCAUGGUUUGAAUCGCACCGGCUAUUUAAUAUGUCGAUACCUAAUCGAUGUUGAUGGGAUGAACCCCCAAAAAGCGAUUAAUUUAUUCAAUGAAUCAAGGGGACACUCAAUUGAGAGGCAGAAUUAUCUUGAUGACCUGAGGACAGGGCCCAUAAGAAGUAAUGAGGGCAUGGAGGAACCAGACCAAAAACCCGCCCAGGGACUUGCAAACGAGCCACGAGAUGAUGCUCCACCUCCUCCUCAUCAUCAUCAUCAUCAUCAUCAUCAAAGGGAACAGCAUAACCAGAAUCAGUUUUUACCGUUUCACCAGAACAACAGCAUGACUUGGUUUAGGCCACCUGAGCACCAGCUCUUCCGUCCGCCCUUGAUUCCUCAUCCACCUCAGGGUGUGAGACCCUGUUUUCCAAACCAGUCCUUCAGUGGAUUCCACUUCGGACAUUAUCGACCUCCACUUCCCUCCUACAGGUUUGGUGAGACAUACCACAAUCCACACGAGCCUCCAGGGGGAUCCACGAGACCUCCAGGGCCUCACCGAAAACCUCGACAUAGACACAGGAAUGGUCCGUUUGAUAGGACUCCUCACUGAAACCAAGGAGACUUCACAUGUUCAACCCAAACUGCUGGACUGUGCUUUUUCUUCGCCGGAGUAAAUGAAUUUGAUCUCCUUAAGAGGUUGACUGUUUUAUUAGACUCUGCUAGCUAAUAAUAUUACUAAGUUUUGUCGUGGUUGUCUGUUAGUAGGUCAUUUUAUCUAGCAAAUAUAAUUCACGCACAUAAUCUAUAACUGCUGCUGAUCUAUCUUUCCUUUAGUUUUAAAUGAAGUGAAAUAUUAAACACCAUUGCAAGUGCAAGUUACAGUUGUUUUAUUAUCUUAUUAUAUUUUACACAUUUUGUAUUAAUUUUUUUUAUCAGUUAAAAUAUUCUGGCUGAUGUAUGAUCUAUUAUUUAGGCUACAAGUUUACUUAUCAGAUGUUCUCAGUGAUCCGAGAGAACUUUUGAACAGGAUGAAGAUGUUUGUUGAAAUAUAAUUUUUUUCCAUUUAGUACUGCCCUUCGGAAGCAACAGAAGAUACUUGCAUGUUUCCCGGAAGACAAAUUAAGUACAAUUUACUAUGAUAUUCAAAUUCAAAAAGUUUUCACCCCCUGGCUAUAUAUAUGAAAUAUACUGCUGUUUUUUUUA